AUUUGAAUUUAUUAUUAUAUUUGGGUAUUCUUGGAUAUGUUAUUUUCUAAAAGAUAUCAUUAGAAUCACAGUGUUCUUGUUUAUUUUCCUGCUAAAACGAUCACAAUCAGUACAUAAAAAGACAUAAGCAUGGUUACAGACGUCUGUAGUGUGACUAGGACGAAGCCCCACCUCUACAGCACAAAAGCUCAGGACGGUGUUAUAUCACUACACACAGCCUUCUUUCACACUCACAACUCGACUGAUUAAUCAUGGCAGAGGUUUCAGAGAGCACAGAGACAUCUGGAAACUAUUCUGCUUACUAUAACAUAACUCCGGAAAAUUUCUCACCCCACAACAUCAGCAACAUAAUUGCCUUCAGCAGAGUCUUCCUCCCUACACUCUACAGCAUCGUCUUCAUCGUGGGGUUCAUCGGCAAUGGCUUGGUGUUGUGCGUCCUGGUCAAGUUCCACAAAAUGUACAACAUGUCAGAUGUGUGUCUCUUCAACUUGGCGCUUUCAGACCUCCUCUUCCUUCUCUCAUUACCUUUCUUUGCUCACUAUGCUGCCAUGACUCAGUGGACCUUUGGGAACUUCAUGUGCCAUACAGUGACGGCAUUCUACACGCUGGGAUUCUAUGGAAGCAUCUUCUUCAUGAUCCUCAUGACCAUUGAGCGCUACAGUGCCAUUGUCCACACCAAUAACUCUCUCUUCUCUAAGCACCGGUCUGUCAGAGCUAUCAUAGCCCUAGUUUUGUUUAUGUGGACACUUAGCCUGGGAGCUUCUCUGCCAAACAUCAUUUUCUCACAAGUGAAGAAUGCAUCAGUGGGAUGGACAUGCAAAGAGGAAUAUACAGAAGGAACAAAGUGGAGGUCAUUCUAUUACAUGGAGCUGAACAUCCUUGGCUUAAUUAUUCCUCUGUCAGUGAUGGUGUUCUGCUACUCGCGCAUUAUCCCUAUCUUAAUGAGCAUUAAGUCUCAGAAGAAACACAGAGCUGUCAGGCUCAUUCUGGUCUUGGUCAGUGUUUUCUUCCUCUUCUGGACACCUUACAACAUCGUCAUCUUCCUGAAGUUCCUGCAGUGUCUGGGUUACAUGAGCACUCGUGAGCGGUAUCGGGACCUGACCAUGGCUAUGCAGUGGGUGGAAACCAUAGCGUUCUGUCACUGCUGCCUCAACCCCAUCAUCUACGCCUUUGUUGGGCAGAGAUUCAGGAAUUUAUUUCUAAGGAUCCUAAAAGAGUGGUUUCCUCUUUGCUUUGGUCGCUUCAGAACAACUGAAAAUGAUUUCUCAAUAAGGACGAACAAUACGUUCUCCAGAUUCUCAAAGACUUCCAGAACAAACUCAAAAUCAAAACUGUAAACUCUUUCGAUCAGGAAAAACAAAACAAACAAAGAAACCAUGCAUAAAAAUAUUACUCAGGCCUGUUAGAGUAUGUUGGCAUUAUAGUUUAAAUGUUAUUUACUCUGUUCAUUCUACAGAGGGCUAAAACAUCUGCAUUAUACAACAUGAGAGCAUCCUUUGCCUGUGACUCUAAAUUCUCUUUUUUUUACAUUCUGUAUAUUGUGUAUUUGUAUGUGUUGUAUUUGUACAGUGUUGUUUUUUCGCCUGCUCCCUGUUCCGGGUCGCCACAGCACAUCAUCUGGUUCACAUAUCUGAUUUACCACAGGUUUUACACCCGAUGACUUCUGGCACCGUAUCUGAUUACAGUCUGUCAAUUAUGCAGUAUAACUAUCAUUAUUCAAACUAUUUUCCUUCGAUUCUAGAGUGAUAAUCUAUCUUAGUUCUAGAAUGUUGUGUUAGGAAGGGCAUCCGGACUAAUAACUGUGCCAAAAUUAAUAUAUUCAUGGCUUUGUAACCGUGAUUAUUAUUUCAUUUAAUCGUGCCAAUCCAAAUCAUGCAAGCAUUUGACAUAAAUUGAAUUUUCAAGUCUCUUUAAUAUGUUGAUAUGAAUCUCACAUUAUACGCAUGUUAUGACAAGUGAGUUUAUAUUUCGCUUUCCCCACAAACCCUGAUGUUUUUUUCAGUCCAUUCUUGUAGUAUCACAUCUCUGUAUCAGAUAAGCUCUCACAAUCUGUUCACUUUUACUUUGACUUUCUCAUUAGUUCUUGCUUUCCUGUUAAGACAGAAUUUCAUCAGCCAGGUCAUUUUCCAGCUUCGCGUUCCUGCUGAAAGUGUCUGUAAUCGGAUAGGAACAAACGCGAUCGUCCCAAAUCUCGUUCACUUUAACUCUAAUUGUCAAGAAAAGAGCUGAUUUCAUUAAAAAUGAAAGUUAAAGUAAUCCGUCUUGUGUAGUAGUUUCCUCAGGCUUAAGGCAGCAGGUGAACCUUCAGUUCCAACAGUCUUACAGUACAUUGUCUUACAGUGUGUGCAUUAUUGCAUCUUUUCAAAGUUGAGAUGACUGAUAUAAAGAAUCUAUGCUUAGUUUCCGCCGGCAAAAAUUAGUCACAAGCCGAGUAUUUAGUCUCCACACAAUAAAUCUCACGGCAUUAUCAGAAAUAAUAUUUAAGGCCACCUUAACAACAACAAAAAGAAAACAACAACCUGAUAUUACGUAACAUACAGUAUUGGUGCAGUUAUUUAUUAUUUUAUAUUUUAAAAGUUUCCUUUAUAGGCAAACUUCCAUCAGUUGGAAAAAAGCCACACCUCAGACAACAUAGCACAAGUAUCCAGAAUCUGUCUUCACGAUCAAUCUUGACUACUAAACUACGGCAAACUUUUCCUUCUUCAUGACAAGUUUGCAUUAUUGCCAGAUCGGCAGCUGCUGGAUAGCCAUUAAUGGUCAUUACUGUUCUAACAUUUAGUGAAGUGUAUCUAUAAUCUCCAUGUGCAUGU